GGAGCUAUACGAACCGCCAACAGCUACAAAUCACAGAUGCGAAGUCAAAAGUCAAACAAGAGAUCAGAUGAACCGCAAAACGAUCACAGGCGAACGUGAUUCUUCAAAUAGAACGAGAGCCGCCGGACCGUUCGGCCCGUCUCCGAUCAAACGCGAUGGCUUGCAGUGCCUGGGCUCAACCUCUCGUCAAUCUCAAGCUCUCACACUCACACCCACCACACGAUUCUCAGUCCAAUAAGCCCCAAUCUCUAGUCUCCUUCUCCUCCUCCUGCAUUAAACCACGCCCAUGUUCAAGUUCAAGUUCAAGUUCAAGAGGUCAUGCUCACGUCAAUGUCAAGGCCAACACUCCCUCCUUUCCCAAAUUGCGCUUACACCCGCCUGGCGGCAGUCUCAGAUUCAGAUUGAAGGCUAGAGCCCUCGGAGAGCGUUCUUCGGGCGAGGAAGAAGCUGGGUCGCUCGUUGCUGAUGAGACAUCUCAAGAGAUAUUUUCUUGGUCUUCUGUAAUUUUGCCGUUUCUAUUUCCAGCCUUGGGAGGAUUGUUGUUUGGGUAUGAUAUUGGUGCAACCUCUGGUGCUACCAUCUCAUUGCAGUCGCCUGAGCUUAGUGGCACAACUUGGUUCAGCCUUUCAGCCAUUCAGCUCGGUCUUGUGGUUAGUGGUUCCCUCUAUGGAGCUCUUUUUGGGUCUCUCCUGGUCUAUCUUAUUGCAGAUUUCAUUGGAAGGAAGAGUGAACUUAUUACAGCAGCUGUGCUAUAUCUACUCGGUGGUCUGAUCACUGCCUAUGCCCCUGGCCUGAAUGUUCUUUUAGUAGGACGGCUCCUCUAUGGCCUUGGUAUUGGUUUGGCAAUGCAUGGGGCUCCUCUUUAUAUUGCGGAGACUUGUCCUUCACAGAUUCGUGGAACUCUAAUUUCUUUAAAGGAACUUUUCAUAGUUCUUGGGAUUUUGCUGGGUUAUUUCGUGGGCAGUUUUCAGAUUAAUGCAGUAGGAGGGUGGCGUUACAUGUAUGGGUUUAGUGUCCCAGUUGCUUUGUCGAUGGGAUUAGGAAUUUGGAGUCUCCCGCAAUCUCCCCGCUGGCUACUCCUCAGGGCAGUGCAAGGUAAAGGGCCUUUUCAAGACUACAAAGAGAAAGCUAUCAAUGCCCUGAACAAGCUAAGAGGCCGAGAUUCCAGUGACAAAGCAUCAGAGAGGCAAAUAGAAGAUACACUCGUCUCAUUGAAGUCUUCCUAUAAAGAUGAGGAGUCUGAAGCAAAUUUCUUGGAGGUGUUCCAAGGGCCGGGUUUGAAAGCAUUCAUUAUUGGUGGAGGUUUGGUUCUUUUCCAGCAGAUUACUGGGCAACCAAGUGUCCUGUAUUAUGCAGGUUCUAUUCUUCAGAGUGCUGGGUUUUCUGCGGCCUCUGAUGCUACGAGAGUUUCUGUUGUAAUUGGUGUAUUUAAGCUUUUGAUGACAGGGAUCGCUGUCCUAAAAGUUGAUGACCUUGGAAGAAGACCCCUACUAAUUGGAGGUGUCAGUGGAAUUGCCCUUUCUUUAUUUCUCCUUUCAGCUUAUUACAAAUUUCUUGGAGGAUUCUCUAUUGUUGCUGUUGCCGCAUUACUUCUCUAUGUAGGUUGCUACCAGAUAUCUUUUGGACCCAUCAGCUGGCUUAUGGUGUCGGAGAUAUUCCCUCUUCGCACAAGGGGCCGAGGGAUUAGUCUUGCAGUUCUUACUAAUUUUGGUUCAAACGCCAUUGUAACCUUUGCUUUCUCACCUUUGAAGGAGUUGCUGGGGGCAGAGAACCUCUUCUUUCUUUUUGGAGUUAUUGCAUUGUCAUCGCUAAUGUUUGUCACAUUCUUCGUCCCUGAGACUAAAGGAUUGAGCUUGGAAGACAUUGAAUCCAAAAUCUUGAAAUAAACUCAAAACAGAUAUAUACUUUACCUCCACGAGCUCCUCAGACACCAAAGUUCUAAUUAUUCUGCUGCCUUUUUUUGUUUCUUGGUGUGGCAUUGCAGAAUCACCUAUACUUAAUCCCACUGUGUAUGUGUUGUAAUGAAUACUGUAAUAUGAAAAGAAUGGGUUCACCUUUAGUCUCCA